AUGCGAGCAUUCUGGUAUCUGGCGGGGAUUUCGCCCGCUCUGGCAGCUAGCAGCGGCCAGUUCAACGUCUUGUCCUUCAAUGUGGCCGGUCUGCCCGAGAUUUUCAACUCGAACGAAGUCCCCGGCGACAAAUCGACCAAUUCCGAGCAGAUCGGAACCAAGUUCGCGGAGUAUGGCUACGACGUGAUCCAUGUGCAGGAGGACUUCAACUACCACGCCUACAUCUACAAAACCGAUAACCACCCCUAUCGCACGGCCACCUCCGGCGGCGCUGGCAUCGGCUCCGGCCUGAACACCCUCGCCAAUUACCCCUGGGUCGACUUUGAGCGCGUCAAAUGGGCCACCUGCUCCGACGCCUCGGGCGCGGAUUGUCUGACCCCCAAGGGCUUCACGGCCAUGCGCGUGCGCUUCGACGAGGGCUUCUACGUCGACUUUUACAAUCUGCACGCUGAUGCCGGCUCCGAGACAGACGAUGUGUCCGCCCGCAGCGCCAACCUGCAGCAGCUGGCCGAUUACAUCGACACUAACUCCGCCGGCAACCCGGUCAUGGUGUUCGGGGACACGAACGCCCGCUACACGUCUGCCGGGGAGAACAUCCGCGUGUUCGAGACGCAGGAGGGCAUGUCCAACCCGGCACCGACCCGCGGAUCUGCGAGAAUCCCACGACGAACCCGGACCUGCGAGACGGUCGAUAAGAUCUUCUACCGCGGCAGCCGCGCCGUCGAUCUCAAGGCCGUCUACUGGGACUACGUGGGCACCAAGUUCCUCUCCAGCAACGGCACCAUCCUGUCGGACCACAACCCCAUCAGCAGCAACAUCACCUGGACGCGGUCCUCGUCGCUGCGCCAGAGCGAUCUGUUCGGCGGGCCCCACGGAACCUGGUUUAACGACCUCCCCUCCAUCCCGGAGACCUCCACCGGCCGCAACAAGCCCAGCCGGAUCUCCCUCCGCGGCGCCGACCGGCUCGACAGCGUCGGUCUGGUCCUGUCGUCGGGGACGACCUACUUCCACGGCGGCACGGGCGGCGACGUGCACGAGCUGGGUCUCGCGGACGACGAGUUCUGGACCCAGGCGCGGCUGUGCCAGGGGCAGAAGAACGACCACACGCGUAUCUUUUAUAUUCUGGCGACGACCAGCAAGGGUAAUACUGUCAGUGCGGGAACCACGACGGAUGACUGCCAGGAUUUUGCGGCGGAUGAGGGCUGGCAGAUUGUUGGGUUUUAUGGACAGGAUGGGGAUGAGGUGGAUCAGUUGGGAUUUGUUUAUGCGCCGCAGGCGUGA